GCGACGCGAUCGCGAUAGUCGCCGUUCCGUUGGCUCGAUGGCUUGGCACCAGCGGAUCUGCGGUGUGUGUGUGCGGCGUAUUUAAUUUAUGUAUGUAUGCACGCGUAGUUGAACGGCAAUCUUUCUACCGAGGUAAAGAGUCACGCCGAUCUUGCACCGUGUCGACGUAACGAAUCAGGUUAAUAAUGCCGUUGCAAGUUCACGACGUACAGCAAAAUGUCGUGGAGCCAAUGCAGGUUGAUGCUCCUGCAGAGGAUAAUGAUAAUGCUGAGGAAGAACCGUAUGUAGUGGAAAAUCCGACGCUGGAUCUAGAGGUAUAUGCCAACAGCUAUACUGGACUUGCAAAGUUGUACAGGCUCAUAUACAUCGCCGACCAUUGCCCGUCGCUGCGGAUAGAGGCGCUGAAAAUGGCAAUUGCCUACGUGAUGACCACGUACAACGUAUCGCUCUACAUCGCACUGCACAAGAAGCUCGUGCAGGCAAUGGGCACUCCUGGACUACCAGACGUGGCAGCGCAGUCGACCUCCCAGGACGUGCUCACGAUGGAUCAGACAUGGGUGGAAACGCGAUCCAAGAAAGCCGCUCUCAAGCUGGAAAAGUUCGACACGGAUCUAAAAAAUUACAAGAGCAACUCGAUCAAGGAGAGUAUCCGGAGGGGUCACGACGACCUCGGUGAUCAUUAUCUGAACUGCGGCGAUCUGGUUCAUGCCCUAAAAUGUUACUCCCGUGCGCGGGACUACUGCACCAGCGGCAAGCACGUCGUGAAUAUGUGUUUGAACGUAAUCAAAGUUUCCGCCUACCUGCAGAACUGGUCGCAUGUACUUAGUUAUGUCACCAAGGCUGAGAGUACGCCAGACUUCCCAGACUUGCACGGCAAAGAGAAUAAUCAUCAAGCUAUACUCACUAAGCUGAAGGUGGCCGCGGGCCUGGCGGAGCUGGCGACUAGAAAGUAUAAAAUGGCCGCGAAACACUUCUUGCAAGCGUCGUUGGAUCACUGCGACUGUCCUGAGUUACUGUCGCCUGGAAACGUGGCGCUUUACGGUGGACUCUGUGCUUUAGCCACGUUCGACAGGCACGAACUGCAGAAACAAGUUAUCUUUAGUAGUUCCUUCAAAUUGUUCUUAGAGUUAGAGCCGCAAUUGCGUGAUAUUAUUUUCAAGUUCUAUGAAUCAAAGUACGCGUCCUGUUUGAAGUUGCUCGACGAGAUAAAGGAUAACAUCCUGCUGGAUAUGUACAUAGCGCCGCAUGUGAAUCUGUUGUAUACGCAGAUACGAAAUAGGGCUUUGAUACAGUACUUCAGUCCUUACCUGAGCGCGGACAUGAGGCGAAUGGCAACCGCGUUCAAUAGAACUGUAUCCGAACUAGAAGACGAGCUCAUGCAACUCAUCCUCGAUGGCCAGAUUCAGGCUCGUAUCGAUUCGCAUAACAAGAUUUUGUACGCAAAGGACGUCGACCAGCGCAGCACCACCUUUGAGAAGUCCAUGAGCGUUGGGAGGGAUUAUCAGAGGCGCACUCGCAUGUUGAUCCUGAGAGCCGCGAUGUUGAAACAACAGAUUCAUGUAAAGAGCCCUCAACGUGACAGCACACAGGGAGGUGAGAUGUCGGUAGCGCCUGGGAAUGGCACUCUAGCGGCGAAAAAUUGAGAUUGCGUGCGUGUUGAUUUAUCUCGCCAGACGAAACAGAUUUUAAUGCGUGUCAACUGCCACGACUAGGUAUGAGAUACGACAAAUUCACUACCAGCACGUUCGGCAUUGUGUUACUUCGAUGUGAAGUCAAUGUCUUAUACCUCAUCUACGUAUAAUACAUGAUAUGUAUAUAAUACCGUUAACGUUGUGUUACUACGAAGCGCAAGGCAGCGUUCUUUCUCAAUUCAACAUGAUCAUACGUCAUAUAAAUGAGGACAAUGUGUAACAUAGACCAUGUUUUCGUUCGUUUAACGUACUAAUGUGUUUUCUCUCUUUCUGUUUCGAGAAAGUCACAUCGAAGACUUGUGUAAGACUUAAAUUUGCCUGUGUAUAAGCGAUGAAUGAACCUAAGACUUUUAACGUACUCUCCACUGGGAUUUACUUAGAAUAAUUAUCAAUAAAUUCAUUACAUAUUACGUUGCAUG